GAGAGGCUGGAGCAGGCAACUGUGUCUCGGUUGACACAUACACAAUAUACACACACGCAGAUGCACAGAUACAGAAGAUCAGCAGCGCUGGAGCAAGCCAUGCCAUAAUAACACGGCAACAAAACGGGGACAGUAAAGCCGCCGCACUGCGAAGCGGAGGAGGUCUGCUGCAGCUGUUCAGUAAUGUCCACCGUGAAGCCCUGAAGAGAAAAUGAAGCGCAAGAGCGAGAGAAGACGAGCCGAGUCGAGGAAAAAGCGCUGUGCAGCCCACAACAGCUCAGAGGCGGAGCUAAAUUCUGAUAUUUACAUUGAGAUAACAGAUCAACUAUAUUUCGCCAUACUUCAGCAGAAGAUCAAGAGCACAGCUGAAAGACACUGUUUCUGCAUAGAUGAAGAGCUGGCCUAUGAGAACUUCUAUGCGGACUUUGGUCCCCUUAACCUGGCUAUGUUUUAUCGCUUCUGUUGCAAGCUGACAAAGAAGCUCAAGUCCAUUACACUCUCAAGGAAGAAGAUAAUAUUUUACACCUGUGGAGACCAAAAGAAACAAGCCAAUGCUGCCUACCUAAUAGGCUCAUAUGCUGUAAUGCACCUAAACAUGAUGCCAGAGGAGGCCUACAGUCUGCUGGUGUCAAGGAAUUCAACAUACAUGCCAUUCAGAGAUGCUUCGUUUGGAACCUGCAUGUACAAUCUGAACAUCCUAGAUUGCCUUCGUGCUGUUUAUAAGGCUCUGCAGUACGGCUGGCUGGACUUCUCUAACUUUGAUGUGGAGGAAUAUGAGCACUAUGAGAGGGCAGAAAAUGGAGACUUGAACUGGAUCAUUCCAGGAAAGUUCCUUGCAUUCAGUGGGCCUCAUCCAAAAAGCAAAAUAGAGAAUGGGUAUCCUCUGCAUGCUCCUGAGGCCUACAUUCCUUACUUUAGGAACCACAGCAUCACCACUAUCAUCCGCCUCAACAAAAAGAUGUAUGACGCCAGGCGUUUUACUGAUUCUGGCUUUGAGCAUCAUGACCUGUUCUUUGUGGACGGGAGUACACCGAAUGACUCUAUCGUCAGGAAAUUUCUCAACAUCUGUGAGAACGCAGAAGGAGCCAUAGCUGUCCACUGCAAAGCUGGUCUGGGGAGGACCGGCACUCUGAUCGGCUGCUAUAUGAUGAAACAUUACCGCCUGACUGCUGCAGAGGCCAUUGCCUGGAUACGGAUCUGCCGACCAGGGUCCAUCAUUGGGCCUCAGCAGAACUUUGUUGAAGAGAAGCAGAACAGUCUAUGGGCUGAGGGAGAUGUUUUCCGGGAGAAGAUGCUAAAUGAACAAGAGAAUGGCAAGAUGGCUGUAACCAGGAUCCUGUCUGGAGUGGAUGACAUAACCAUCAAUGGGAGCAACAAGAACAGGGCAGCCAAGAAGGAAGAAAUGGAACUGUAUAAUGAUGAAGAGGAGAGAAAUGGCCUUACACAGGGUGAUAAACUGCGAGCCCUGAAGAGCAAGAGGCAAGCCAGAUCAUCUUCAGGUUCACUAUCACAGGAAGAGAAUAAGAUUCACACCAGGUCAUCAUCACAGUCCCUAAGCAGGGUCAUCUUGCACGGCAGUGUUCAGGGCUGUAAGACCAGUGUCAACCCCCUGGCUCUGUCUGACCACUCAGACAGCAGGAAGAGGACCAGAACCUCACUGCCAGGCAACGGAGUAGGAGGAAGCUCCCUGUGCCACACCAGACUGGUCAGGUCCCUAGGCAACUUGCAUGUAGUGACUGGCGACAGGGACCCAAUGUGUUGUGAGCCAUGUGGCAGCCAUAGAGACACAGCCAGUGCCACAGCCAACACAGGCACUCUCAUCAACUUAAACAUGGCACAGAUCCACCUGCAGACGCACUGUCUCCCGAGGACGUAAAGCUCGCAGCUCUUUGAAAUCAAUUCGAUUUUCCAGGCUAUGUCACUCCAUACCCAAAGCUAGAGCUCCUCUACUUCGAUGAGCCUGUGGAUCUAGACAUCCUGAAGAAAUAUACAUGAAAUCCAACUUAUAUACAGCUAUACUAAUUUGUUUUUUUAAUUUUGAGAAAACGGUUGGAACAAACUUAACCAACGUGAUGUGACAUUUCAAUGAUUUAUAGAUUGUUUGAUUACAAGUUAUUUUACCCGUAAGGCACUUUGGUUUUUAUAUUUUUUAAACAGCAUCAUGAAACAAAGUGAUAGUUUUAAUCAUUGCCUGGUUGUUCUUACUUAUUGAAGCAUGCACUAGCAAACAUCAGAUUGAACCACAUCCAUCAGACCGGCAUGUGAAUGUGUGAAUCCAAGAGAUUUCCUCCAAAAUGAGCACUGUGCAACAGAUAUUCUGGUUUAUAAGAGAUGAUUCACAUUCAGUUAUAAAGAUCUGGAGAUGGAUUUGGUCAGGAGUUUGUCAUAAAAACCUGCUCUUGGUCCUCCAAGGUCAAAGGCACAAAGGUGCGUUUAGCCAUGGAUGUAGAUGAAACAUCAAGUCUCCAUUGGCAAGAAUUCCAUCACACGAUACAGUACUGUGCACAUUUGUACUACCAUUCAAUAUCUGGCUUGUCUUUUAUUUCUGUCAUUUACUUGUGAAGCUUUUCAGCUACUGUAAUUCAAGACUGUAAAUAUGUCAACAUUUGAUAUACUCAGUUUGUAUUUUGUAAAUAUUUUUGUACUAUGUUGGAAUCAUGCUAUGAAAUAAGUCAACGGUCCUAAAGGGGCCUUGUCUAACUCAUGUUCAUAAUCCACUAAAGACAUUUGCUUUAAGCACAUAGAAUUGGACAUUUUAAAUAAAAUUUUACUCCCAAGUA